CCAAACCAAACUCCUGACUCCACACGUGCUCCUCCGGGUCGCCAGCAGCGUUCUCAGCAUCCAGCCGUCUGCGUCUGCAGGGUAUCAGAAGAGCAGAUGCUGGUCCUUGGGAUGCUAAAACAGGUGGUCAGUGGGACAGCACAGAGCAAAGCCUCUAGCUACUGGAAGCUUGUGUUGCCCUUGCGGCGGUUUCUAGGCAACUCCCAUCAUGGAAUCCCAGCAGAUGCCACCUUCCACUCCACCUCAUUCUCUGAAGCAGAGCCUCCCCGGGUCUUGAUCACAGGGGGUCUUGGCCAGCUGGGAGUAGGACUUGCUAACCUUUUGAGGAAACGAUUUGGGAAGGACAAUGUGAUCUUAUCAGACAUAAGGAAGCCCCCUGCUCAUGUCUUCCACAGUGGCCCAUUUGUCUAUGCCAAUAUCUUGGAUUACAAGAAACUUCGAGAGAUCGUGGUGAACCAUCGUAUCAGCUGGCUGUUCCACUACAGUGCUCUGCUGAGUGCUGUCGGAGAAGCAAAUGUGUCCUUGGCCAGAGAUGUGAAUAUCACUGGGCUGCAUAACAUUCUAGACGUCGCAGCCGAAUACAACUUGCGAUUGUUUGUGCCCAGCACGAUUGGAGCUUUUGGACCUACGUCUCCUCGGAACCCUGCACCUGAUCUCUGUGUUCAAAGGCCCAGAACCAUAUAUGGGGUAUCCAAGAUCCACGCGGAGCUUAUGGGCGAGUACUAUUAUUACCGGUAUGGGCUAGAUUUCCGGUGCCUGAGAUAUCCUGGAAUCAUUUCUGCAGAUUCCCAGCCUGGAGGAGGAACAACUGACUACGCGGUCCAGAUUUUCCACGCUGCGGCCAAGAAGGGCACAUUCGAGUGCAACCUGGAGGCCAGCACCAGGCUUCCCAUGAUGUACGUCAGUGACUGCCUCAGGGCCACCCUGGAGGUCAUGGAGGCCCCUGCAGAGCACCUGUCCAUGAGGACCUACAAUAUCAAUGCCAUGAGUUUCACCCCCGAAGAGCUGGCCCAGGCUCUCCGCAAGCACGCGCCCGACUUCCAGAUCACCUACUGCGUGGAUCCCCUCCGUCAGGCCAUAGCGGAGAGCUGGCCCAUGAUCCUAGACGACAGCAAUGCCCGGAAGGACUGGGGCUGGAAGCACGACUUUGACCUUCCGGACUUAGUGGCUACGAUGCUCAACUUCACGGAGCCAGCAGCAGUGCUGCCCUAGCUAACCGAAAGAGGAGGAGCAGUUCCCAGGUCCUCAUGGGUGCAAGGGACAUGCCACUCUCUUAAGUUGGAGAACUAACCGGAUUGGAUUUUGGCAGCUCACAUGGAACUUCUGGGUGGGGUUGGAGUUCCUUUACACAUAGCCUCUGUUGUGUGCCUAGACUGGUCAAAGUACACGUGCCACAGAAAUGAAGACCUAGGUGGUGCUGGCUAUUUGCAGCAUUUAUAUUAAAUUAAAUU